AUGCCUCAUGAGUGUCCAGAGUGUGGGAAAAGAUUUAGACGUGUUAGAGGUAUGAAGGCUCACAUGCAGGUGCAUUCUGAUCAUAGGCCUUUUGAGUGCGCUGAAUGUGGGAGAAAAUUCAGAGAACGUGGAGUUAUGAUAAAACACAUGCAGAUUCAUUCGAAUGAUAGACCUCAUGAGUGUCCAGAGUGUGGGAAAAGAUUUAGUCGUUUAGGCACUAUGAAGUCUCACAGAAUGGUGCAUAUGGGUGACAAGCCUCAGGAGUGUCCCGAGCUUGCGAAUAGGUUCAGUCUUCGAGAUGUGAAAACAGACAGGAUGGUGCUUAAGGGUGAUCAGCCAUAUGAGUGUACAGAGUGUGGAAAAAGAUUCAGUCGUUUUUCAAAUCUGAGGAUUCACAUGGUGAUACAUACGAGUGACAAGCCUUAUGAAUGCCCUGAAUGUGGGAGAGGAUUCAGUAAUCCUACAACUCUUAAGAGGCACAGGGUCGUGCAUUCAGGUGAUAAGCAUUACGAGUGUACAGUGUGUGGCAAAACAUUUGGUCGUCUUGACUCAAUGAAGUCUCACAGGUUCAUUCAUUCUACUGAUAAGUCUUAUGAAUGUCCUGAUUGUGGAAAAAGGUUCAUGCGUCCUAAAAAUUUAUAUGAACACAAGAAAGUGCAUUCGGAUAUUAAGCCUUAUGAAUGUCCCAAAUGUGGGAAAAAAUAUAAGUAUCUUAGACAUAUGAAAAAGCAUGUGUCAUUGCAUUCAGAUGUUAAACCUCACAUUGCCUAG